AUGAGGACAAGUGUGCUGUGCGUUUGUGCCACUCUACUGCUGGCUGCCACCAGCGGCCACGCAGCGGACUUCCCUGCCAACUCGCACCAGAGAUGGGAUGCUAAAGGACCUUACACUUUGGGAUCUGAAUCCAGCUCACCUGCCUCCUGCCCCAUGAAGCUGAGACCCUCUGGCCAGUGUGUGAGCUCUGGGGCAGAUGAAGGUGAAGAGUGUCCAUACCAGAUCACCUUGCCCCCGCUCACCAUCCAGCUGCCCAAGCAGUUCAGGCUGCUGGAAAAGACCAUUAAGGAGGUGCAGAGUCUGAAAGAGGCAGUGAACAAGCUACGGAGUGGAUGCCACGAGUGCCGCGGCACGCGGGGCAGUGGAGCAUUUGGACAGCAGCAGGCUGAAGUGCAGAGGGAUGCUGGAGAAGAAGUGAGACAGGAUCUGACAGGACAAGAAGUGCUAGGUGGGUCAAGUCUUGAGGAGAGGGGGGAUGGUAUGGUCCCCGGAACUUCUGUGGAUGGUACUGGACUGGGACACGGUUCAGGUUUUGGAAAGCAAUCCCCAAGUCCAAGCACGAUGCAGGAGAUGCAGGUGAAGCUGAAUAAGAUGUCAGCCAGCCUGCGCAACGCCAGGAAUCAGAUCACAGCCCUGCAGGGUCGCCUGGAGGGGCUCAGCCUGCUUAACAUGGACAACGUGCAAGACGUAGUGGACAGACGAGUGGAGAACCUCACUGGGGUGGUCAACAAGCUCAGCUCCACCUGCACAUCGCAUUGUGCAUUUCAGAAUUCCCCACAGUUCAUCUUGGCCCCGAGAGAAUGUUCUGACUACAACGCGCUGGAGACGAGGAAGAACGGCGUGUAUGGCGUGACCCCUGAUCCCCGCAAUGGAACUUUUGAUGUUUUCUGUGACAUGGAGUCAUAUGGAGGAGGAUGGACUGUGAUUCAGCAGCGACUUAAUGGCUCUGUCAGCUUUAACCGCACCUGGGCAGAGUAUAAAAAGGGCUUCGGCAGCCUCAGAGGUGAGUUCUGGUUGGGCAACGACCACAUCCACCUGCUGACAAAGGCCAAAGACAUGAUUCUGCGUAUUGAGCUGGAGGACUUUGAAGGAGUCCGGGAAUAUGCAAAGUUCGACCAGUUCUACGUGUCCAACGAGUUCCUCCGCUACCGUCUGUCAAUCAGUGGAUACAGUGGAACUGCUGGAAAUGCCAUCAGUUUCAACAAGCACUUUAACCACGACCAGAAGUUCUUCACUACGCCUGAUCGCGACAAUGACAUGUAUCCCUCUGGAAACUGCGGCGCCUACUACAGCUCCGGUUGGUGGUUCGAUGCCUGCAUGUCCGCCAAUCUCAACGGGAAGUACUACCACAAGAGGUACAAAGGAGUCAGAAACGGGAUCUUCUGGGGAACGUGGCACAACAUGUCGACGGAGUACUACCCCACCAACUACAGACAGGCCUUCAAAACGGUUAAGAUGAUGAUACGGCCCAAAAACUAUGCUCCUUAGGAGGACAGGUAAAAAAAAAGGUAUAGUCACAUGGACAGAAAAGUAGAACAAUUUGAGUUAAAGCUCACACAUGUGCAUUGUCCUGGACCUGCACACACAGGCAUAAAGUUAAUUAAUACCCCUGCCCCCCCCUUCAAGAAAUGAUUCAUAGAGCUUUUAUACAGAGCAAGGAAUGUUUUACGCAGUAGAAACAGUAGUCUUCUUUUAUCUUCCAGUUCCUUUCACAUAUCAAACCUAAACUUCUUUGUUUCGCUGUGAGGAUGGUGUUCUCUGGGUUAAAUGCCUCUCUUGACUUGUUUCAAAAUAUAGGUCAGAUAUAUUGUUGUGUCUGAUUGGAAGAAAUACGACUUCCUUUUUGAUUCUAUUGUUCUCCAGGUUGCAUUUACGUGUCUUUAGCAAAAUUUGGGUCAGAUAUUUAAAUCUCCUGGUUGUUAUCUGGUACUUUGGUGAUGCUCUAUUUUUGAAUCCCUUCGUUUCUGGCUCUAAGACAUUCAGUAGAGCAUCGGUACCUUUGGUCAAAUCUCUUACUAGUCUUCUUUCUAAAGUUCUGUAUGGAUCUGUCUGACCUCAGUAUUAUUGUUCAGUUCUCAACAGCUGCGUUCUUUCAGCCCAGCCUAUCUUACUCGUGCUUUGUGAUUCUCAUUUCUUUUUCGUAAUUGUCGUGACAAUCUAAAAAGUAAGCACUCAAAAGACUUACAUCAUGU